AUGGCUGACAACGAGAAAACUACCCACGAAAAAGGGGACUUCAGUAGUGAGGGCACCGUCACCAAUGUUGAGAAUUCCUCUCGUCCUCGCAAGAAGAGCUUUGUCGACAUUGAUGAAGCGCACCUCAGCGCGGUGUUUGAGAACCCGUUGGCCGACAUCCCUAAAGAACAACUCUUGGAAGAAGUCGAGACUUUUUGCCGGGAUAACAAUCUCAUGGAAUAUGUCGACGCGUUUCGGAAGGGUGCUAUGGUCGCUCAAAGACCCCGAGAGAUCGGCGAUAUCGCAGAAUUGACUCCAGAAGAUAGGGAGGUGCUCACUCGAGAACACACCCACCGAUGGUCUCAGCCUUGGACUCUGUAUUGGCUUGUCGUCAUGUGUUCUCUGGCCGCAGCCGUGCAGGGCAUGGACGAGACAGUCAACAACGGAGCACAGGCACUGUAUCUGAAGGAGCUCAACAUUACAACCGACCGAUUCUCGCAAGACAUGGUUGACAACUUGACGGGUUUGGUCGUGGGAGCACCUUACCUAUGCUGCGCCGUUCUCGGCUGCUGGUUGACAGAGCCCUGCAACAAGAUCUUUGCUCGUCGAGGAACUAUUUUCAUCUCCUGUUUCAUUGCUGCCGUCGCGUCCGUCUGGGAAGGUCUCGGCAUCGGUCCUAAAUCCUCAACGGUUCCUGUGUACUCUGCUGAAUGCGCUCCAGCUCCCAUUCGAGGUGCACUGGUGAUGAUGUGGCAAAUGUGGACUGCGUUUGGCAUCAUGCUUGGUAACAUCAUGGGUGUUGCCUUUGGUGGACUCGACCCAGAUCUGGGAUGGCGAUUGAUGCUUGGAAGCACCGUUGUGCUUCCACUCAUUGUCUGCGUUCAAGUCUACUACUGCCCUGAGAGUCCGAGAUGGUACAUUCAACACAAUCACCCGGAGAAAGCAUUCCGAUCUUUCCAGCGCUUGAGAUUUACGGACUUGCAGGCUGCGAGAGAUACUUACUAUACCUAUGUCGGUGUCGAGCUGGAACGCCAGGCUCAUCAUGGCAAAAAUCUCUUCACUCAAUUCAUCGAACUGUUCACCAUCCCCCGUAACCGAAGAGCAACUUGGGCCAGCUGGAUCGUGAUGUUUGGUCAGCAAUUCUGCGGUGUCAACGUCAUUGCAUACUACAGCACCACCAUCUUCAUUGAAUCAGGCUAUUCGACGACUUCUGCACUGUUGGCGUCGAUGGGUACUGGUAUUCUUAACUGGAUUUUUGCCAUACCCGCCGUCUUUACUAUUGAUUGGUGGGGCCGUCGAAACUUGCUCCUUUUUACAUUCCCCUGGCUUGCAGUAUUCCUUCUGUGGACCGGCUUCAGCUUCUGGUUUCACAACGACAAGGCCAAGGUUGGUAUGGUCACCACGGGAAUGUAUCUGUUCGAAGUGUUCUACAGUCCGGGCGAAGGCCCCGUGCCGUUCACUUAUUCGGCUGAGGCGUUCCCCGUGCAUGUUCGAGACGUGGGCAUGUCCUUCGCGACGGCGACGACUUGGUGCUUCAACUUCAUCCUGAGUUUCACCUGGCCACAUCUCUUGACGGCAUUCAAGCCUCAAGGAGCAUUUGGCUGGUAUGGGGCGUGGUGUAUUAUUCUCUGGUUCUUGAUCCUGUUGUUCGUUCCCGAGACCAAGGCUCUUACCCUUGAGGAAUUGGACCAAGUAUUCAGUGUCAGCACUCGAAAGCACAUGAGCUACCAAAUGAAGAAUGCUGUAUGGCACUUCCGCGUGUGGGUGUUGCGACAGAAACUCGAACCAUUACCUCCAUUCUAUCGACGAGCAGAGAAGUUGAACGAAGCAUGA